CCGACUGCCGCUUCCUCAAUUUCUCAUAUUCUGUGUGUUUACUUCUUUUAUCUUUUAAAAUUCUACAAUGGCGAAAACUUUAGCUUGCUUUGUUCUCUUAGCUCUCAUCGUAAGCUGCGCUCUCGGGCAGGCUCCAAGCUCCGCCCCAACCAAGUCACCGCGGUCUUCUUCUCCGACUCCAGCUCCCAAGGUUUCCCCAACCACGUCUCCCACCGCUACACCAACUGCUUCGCCGCCGUCAACAGCCACCACUCCUUCUUCAGCACCAGAAUCUUCUCCAGCUUCCUCUCCCCCGGCUCCUCCUAUGUCUCCGGCUGGCUCUCCCACCGUCGGUGCUUCUCCCACCGGCGCUCUCACUCCAUCCUCCAUCAGCGGGUCACCUGGGACAUCUCCAACUUCAACUCCGAAUGCCGCCGCUUUGAAUAGAGCCACCAUCGCUGGAUCCGCCGUUACUGCUGUUUUUGCAGCUGUCGCUUUUUUCGCUUAGAUCUGAUAUUUGCGGAUUGUAGGAUUUGAUUUGAUUUGAUCGAUUUUUUUUUUUACUUUAGGCCCAUUGUUGAAAUCUCGUAUUGAGUUGUGGUAGCGUAUUUCUUAUGUUUUAUUUAAUUUUAUUUUGACGGGUUUGAUUUUAUAUGUGGAUAGCCUGGUGCUAUUUGACCGUUGAGAUUUGA